AUUUAGUCCUCGUGUUCCCAGUCACCUUUGUCAGAGUGCUGUUUUGUCUUCAUGAUACCAAGCCAGGAUUUUCUAGUCUCGUCAUGCCAUGAUAAUGCCACAGUCUUUUGUUGAUCCAUAUCCACAACGAAGCCACUGGCAGUACCUCUCUGGGGUCAUGAGUUGUGUCUUCCCUUCACUUCUGUGUAACUUGGCCACCUGGACUUCUGACACGCCCUCUGCUCACCUAUGCCUGCAGGAUCAUGGGUAGUGUCAGCAGCCUCAUCAACGACAACAGCCUCAACAGCAAACACUGCAAGGCAUCUGACUAUAGGCUAAAAAAGGGGACAAACCAUCACAGAAAGAGUGGAGGCUGUAGCCUUGACGGGUUACUUAAGUGUGGAUUCACUCAGGGCUCCUCGUCGUCCACUCAUCCUUCUCACGGCCUGUCCCACUCCCGAUCGGGACGAAGUGAAGAUUUUUUUUACAUCAAAGUGAGCCAUAAACCGAGGUCAGUGCAGCACAGAGGAGGAUCGAUGGAAGAUCAUGCAGGUGGACAGAAGAGAGACGGGGAAUCAGCUGGGCGACUGCAACCAAAACUGAUACUCCUGUCGGGAACAAUGACUGAGAGGACCUCUGCUGAGAAGUCAUUGGUACGUUCCGCUGCCUUCAAGCCUGUGAUUCCCAGGAGUACAUCCUCCACAGUGACAGGCCACAACAGCUUGGACCACAUCCUCUGUCCUCUGGAGAAAGCAAGGAGUCAGGACAAUAAACACAAGCAAGACACCUUCUCAGGGACUCUAUCUGACUCUGGGCGUAACUCUAUGUCUAGCCUGCCCACCCACAGCACCAGUGGCAGCCUAAGUGCUUCCACAGGCCCUGUCAGUCACAGUGAUGGCGGCUCGGCUCCAGCAAACAGCCUCAGCAAGGGAGCACAACCCAAUUUCCCUCCAUGGGUCAACGGGAAUAGCACUAACCUUGACUGUAGCUACAGGGCUGGUUUAAACAGUGGGGGGUUGGCAUCUAAGGCAAACGAGGAUGCUGGCUCCCCACUUCCUGCAGAUAAGCCAAGCCCUUUCUCUGAAACAUCAGGUGGGAUUCGGUCCCCCAUUACUACAGAUGAAUUACUAAUUGAACGCUUGGAGCAGAGGCUGCUGGAGAGAGAGACUGAACUGCAAGAGCUACAGGUGAGUUUUGAGGAGAAGGAAGCAGAUACCUGCCACCUUUUUGAUGAAAGACAAAGGUACUGUGCUGAGGAGAUGGAGGGGCUGAAGCAGCGAUGCUCCACAAAGCUACGGCAAGCAUCCCAAAUGGCUGCAAAAACCCAGCAAGCACUCCAGCUGCAGGUCAAGCAACUCCAGGCAGAGAGGGAGAGGCUUCAGGAGGAUGUCUCAAAGAUAACCCGAGAGAAGGAUCUUGUUGAGCUAAGACUGAGGUCUUAUGAGACAGAGAACACAAAGCUUUCUCCGACACUUGAGGAAACUCAAUGGGAGGUUUGUCAGAAGACAGGGGAGAUCUCACUCCUGAAGCAGCAACUGAGAGACUGCCAGGCAGACAUCAGCCACAAGCUGAAUGAGAUCGUCAGCCUCAGGGCAGCAGUGAAGGAAAACACUGCAAAGGCGGAGAUGCUUGAGAGACAAAAUAAAGAGCACGAGGACAAGCUCCGCUCUCGCACCAUAGAGGUUGAGGUGUGCCAAAACGAACUCCACCGCAAGAAGAACGAAGCUGAUUUGCUGCGAGAGAAAGUGGGCAAACUGGAGACAGACAUUCAGGGAAUGAAACAGGAUCUGGCUGUGGCCAAAGAGCAGAGGCUGCAGCACAGUCUGCAACUUGAGGCCCACGCCCAGACUCAGGCCUUAGACAGACUGAUCCAAGGCACAGACCCCUCCGUCCAGAGCCGGGAGGAGGAGAACAGUGGACACAUCUCCACAGAAUCACUCCAGAGGGAAGUGGAGAGACUGAAGCGGCAGCUCAGGGAGGAGAAGGAGGCGCAGGAGAGGCUGGCCAACAGCUUUGAGCAGGAGAGGCAAACAUGGAACAAGGAGAAAGGCAGGGUCAUCAAGUACCAGAAGCAGCUGCAGAUCAACUACCUGCAGAUGCACAAGAAAAACCAGGACCUGGAGAGGAUUCUGAAGGAGCUGACUGCUGAACUGGAGAGCCGGACAGAGCUUGGCAUGGACAUCAACUACAGCUCAGGGUUACAAACAUAUGACGACGUUAUUGCCACAGAGAUUUGACAGGACAGCUAACGAACACUGAACAAAAGAGAACUGGGCACUUGACGGUUUAUUAUUUAUGAUAGUGUAGUGACACCAGGCCAUCAUUCACCUCUACUUAGUGUUUUACAAGGGUUAUUUAAUAGAAUGUCAAUAAUCUAAUGUAUUUUGUGUCCAGGUCACAAAAAACAACAAAAUUAAAAAUAGUUUUUUUGAUGA